AUGGAGGCGUCGUCGCUGAACGACAGCGAUGUCGACCCGGACUGCAUCUACGUGCCGCAGAUUUUCUUGGUAAUUUUCAGAAAAUCUUUGAAAAGUCUAUGACGCAUUUGGAAUGGCUUUUGAUAGCUUUUUCGAAAGAAAUUUUUUUAAAAAAAUUAAAAAUAAAAUUUUUAUGCGCGUUUUGAAAAUUUCAAAAAGACCGCCAUGAGACCAUCAGAAUGGCUCAAAGCGCGGUUGAGAAACUUUAAUAUUACUUUUUCUCGAUUUUUCUGAUGUCUUCGCGCGCAAGUCGUUUCGUGGUCGGGCGCAGUUAAAAAAUAAAUUUUCAGUAGCCGUGAUGUGUUGAGCUAUUACUCAUGCAACUUAAAAAUCCUUUUUUUUUCGAUUUUCUGGGGAUCUUGAAAAGGUAGUAGGUAUUGAACAUUACAGAGCUUUGAGGUUUUUUUGAAAGCUUGGUUAUUUUUCUUAGAAAACGAGCGAUUCUGAUCUCUAGAAGCACUAGGACGAAACAAUUAUUGUUUCAAAAAACCCCAGAAAAAAAUAUUCGAAAAAAAUUCAAACAGCUUUUCAUAAAAAUUUCAUUACCCUGGCCCCAAAAAUAUAACUAUUUUCUCAGGAAUGGAAAAUGGUAUUUGUCGGCGUGUUGGGCCUUGUCACGGCCGUGGUGAGCAUCGUCCACAACUGCAUGCUCUUCUACACCUUCAACACCAGCAAGGUAUUUAUUUUGAACUCUUUUGAUUGCUUUCCAAAAAUCGGACCGCUUUGAAGAAAAAUAUACCCCACAAACCCUUUAGAAGUACUUUUACCGACUCUUCAAAAAUUUUACGAUAUUACUCAUAAUUAAUAAUCACAAAACUCGUAGGUGCUCCGAAAACGGAACCUGAUCUACCUGAAGUGGAUCUCCGGCUGUGACGUCUUCUUCUCCCUCUGCUACAUCGCCAUCAUGUGUGUCCAGGUAAAAAGUUACAGCUGAAAAUAGAAGAAAAGAAGUUUUUGCCGUCAAUUAAAUGGAUUACGCGCGGGUUCGAACUCAAUCUUUGAAAGUGCAAAGAGAAGAAAAAAGUCAUGACGAUGUCGUUACGUGGGAAUUCUCGAUCUAUGAGAAUUUUUGGAGUUGUGUGGGUAAAAAGAGACGGGAACAAGUUCAAGAGGUUCAAGUUCUAGGAAGGUUCUUUUUCAGAAAAUAAACGCUAUAAAUGGACUUAUUAUCGCCAGAGUGGCCCCUUGAGUGACUACCUCAGAGCCACUUGAAGGUUCUCAUUUAGACAACGCCUUACCUCCCCUAUAGGGACCACUUGAAUUCUCUAGGGAUCAUUAUAUUGUCCCUAAUAAAGGCUGUUAUUUUUCCCUUUAGGGGUCCCUCUGGCGUUCCUGAGAUCUUUUCAAAAUCGAAAAGAUAUUUUUCACUAUUUUCCUAUUCCAAAGUUUUUUUUAUUCUUAUAUCUUCAGUUUUUAGUCUUUUUGCCAAGAUGACGUAGAAUUCAGAAAGGAUAGGAGUGUAGGUUGAUGCAUUCAUUCUCAGGUAGGGUCACAUGAAAGAAGUUAGACUUCUACAGCUUUUUUCACAAUUUUAAUAACUGAAACCUUGAUAAAAAUUAGUUACCACAUAACUGCGACCGACCCUAAACUACUUCUCUUCUGUGCUGCAAAAUAAAAUACCAUUCUAAAUUCAAGUAAACCGCUUCGCGACCGCGACGCGUUGAGCCAUUUUCUUUGACAUAAAGUUUUUGUAAUUUUUGAAGAAGAAGCUUAUGAUAAUACAUAUGGAAUUUUCGAAAAGAGCUUCAAUUUUUAGGUCUAUACGGACUUUUUCGAAUCGUUCCGACUGUUCGUCUGGUGGCAUAGCUACCUGAGAACGGCCUUCACCGUGUCACAUAUCACCUUGUCGGCGGCUUCUUUCCUUCUGAUGGCGGCGACCAUCGAACGAUACCUGCAGAGCACCGGAGAUAAUCGGUUAGUUUACCACCUGCUCGGAAACGCAUUGGAUUAGAUCUCAUCCCACUAAUCCGCGGAAGUUGCAGAGUAGGGGAGAAGCUAUUUGAGUGAUGUUUUUUAAUUUGAGACAAGAUUAUCCAUACUAGAUAUAGCGGGUGGACUACUGUAGGAAGAUCACUGGGGAAGUUUUUAGUGGCCCCUUUAGCGUUUUGACGUUUUAGUGGCCACUAUAGUAGUCAAAUUAGUGACCACUUGAGGGGUGGAAAGUUAGUGGCAACUAUAGAGAUCAAAGUGCUACUACUAGACCACUUAAAAUUCUAAUGGCCACUUUAGGGGUCAAUGGAUCAACAUAACUGGUCCAAUCUGUUUGUUUUUAUAUUAUCAGAGUUACUGGAAUACUGGAUAAAAACAUACUGAAGUGACCACUAAAUGGAGAAUCUCUAUAGUGGCCACUAGAACGGAAAAUAGAGGCCGCUAUAGAGGUGGGUUUAGUGGCCACUUUAGUGUUCUCUCCAAGUAGUCCUUGGCGAGCCUCUAUAGUGACCACUAAAAGUUUUCACAGAUCACAAUUUUUGAUUUUUUGAACUUUCACAUGUCGUUACUUCUUCCUUUUUUUUAGUUUUUUUUAAACAAAUCGCCAAAAACAUUAAUAUACGAUAAAGAAAUUAAAAAUUCCAGGUCGACCCAAUUAUUCCGACUUCUCGCCACCCACCGAGGCAUAGUCGUAUCACUCUGCUUUUUAGGAAGCUUAAUCUUCAGAGGAACCGUCUUUUUCGAAAUCAAGGUUUUUUUUUCGGAUUUGUUUCAAUGUUGAGUUUGAUUAUGAAGGUUGUCUACAACCACAAAUGCGAAGGUUUUUCGUCUCUGGGUCUGGCGGCAGUCCGAGUCUUUUCAAACCCGAUGGUCGACGUCGUCUGGCGGUUUUGGGUCCGGAAAAUCGUCACCGUCUUUUUGCCUUUCAUAGGUUAUUCAAAGCUCAAAGGAUUGUUGAAAUAAAUGAGGAUGAUUUCAGUUUUGGCCUAUUUCAACGCUCGAAUCGUGAUGAAUGUGAGGAAGACGGACCGAGAUCAGACCGUUAAAGCGCUCGUUCUUUUCAUCACCGUUGGAACCAGGUAAAAUAAUUUUCUUGAAGGGUUGAAGGAAAUUAAAAUAAGAGCUUAGAAAUCGAGGAUUUUCGGAGCCCAGAAAAAAAAGCUUUCGAAAGUAUGACAACGGGAAACUAUUAGAUUGUGUUAUUAACAAGUAAAAAAUUAAAUUCGCGAUUUAGAGGAAAUCCAAUACAAAAUAUUACUGAAUUUUCAAGAAGAUGUUCUUGGCAAGAUUAGCGAGAUAUUCCGCAAAAAUGAGAGAUCACAGAGAAACAGAAAAAUAAAUUCUUGAGGAGUUUAGUGUGAAAAAAAGUUGUAAAAUGGAAGAACCUUAAUUUUUUUCUAACGAAUAAAAAAAUUUUUUUCGAUUUCUGAUUUUUUUGCGUUUUUCGUUUUCAACCCACUUUUUUUAAUAAUUUUCUUCAUUUUUUUACGUUCCCCAACAAAAAAAUAAUAUUCAGUGAAUUUCACAUUUUUUUUCUGCUGUGUUAAUUUGAUUUUUAGAAAAACUAACAAAAACUGAUUUUUUUGUAAAAAAAUAACCGAUUUUUUUCUAGUAUUUAACACUAUAGUCCAUUGACUGUUGAGUUGCACAAAUGUGCUCUAACGAACUCGAAAUUUCGAUAAAAAGGCACUCUGUAACGGAAACCGUAAAAUCCAACGUUUCUGAGACUUUCUAGUAGUCACUGUAGCGGCGUCAGUACUCUUAAGUGAUUACUUGAAAACUUGGCUUAUAUAAAUGCUCAAGAACGUUUGGGAAAUGUCCAGUUUACGUUACGGAGUUCGUGGAAGUAUAAAAAGAUUUUUUUAAAGUUCUUGUUCGCUAAAGCGCAUUUGUAAAUUUUAUUAAAGAAUUCACUCUGCAAUUCAACAUAAACUAACAAAACUAACCAAUCCGAAGCCAAUUAACCAAUAUUUCAGCCCACUUGGAAACUGCGAAAGGUAACAAAAUGAUUGAUUUGCAACUAAUUCUCCACCUUUCUUUUCGUUGAACCCUCGGAAAAAACUCUUUCAGUUUUCGAAUUCCUUCCUUUUCUUGUCUCUAUCAUGUCCUUUUCUCGCUACUAACUAUUCUCUUUCUUCUUAACCUUUUUGCUGUUUUUCCUUUCGGAUCGAACCUCUGAGUUUCGCAUGAGGAUCUUGUUUUUUGGCGUUCUUUAAGCUUACAGCUUUUUUUUUCAAAUAAGUUUUUUUGCGGCUUAUAUUGAGUUUUUAUUUUACAAACCAAAUUUUUAAGUUUCCUGAGCUUCUGAAAAUUUUUAAAAGCGAUUAUUUGAACUGUUGAAUUAUUAGGGACGUUUUUAAAGUACGGACACUAUUUGAAAAAGUAGCUUAUCCUGGGAAUGAUAUGAUAUGGAUGUCAGUUAUUCUCAAAAAAAAGUUUUUUGAAUGAAAUUUGACUUUUUUCAAUUUUACCUGAGUAUUUUCACGUAUUGAGAAGGUGGUUUUUCAAAAAAAAAAACUGAAAAAUUGGACAGCAGUUUUGCAAAUUUUUGAAUCGAAAUUGAAUAUUUUGAACUUCUAUUUUUGCGUUUUUCGAUGUUCCAUGUACUAACACGACGUUUCAAAACUCCCAUAAUUAUUUCUAGAAAAAAAUUGUUUAUUACUAUCGAAAUUUUCACCCAAAAAAAUAGACUUUUAGGUAAUAGAUGUUCAUACCUCAAAAAUCACUUUUUUCUCCAUUCAUUCAUUUAUUUUUAUUCUCUUCUCCUUCUGCAAAGCUUGUUGACAUCCGCAAGACUCCCGCAACGUUCCCCGAUUUAAGAUCCGACGCUCAGAUGUACUUCCGGAGAUUAUUCAAGUAUGGAGUGUGCAAAAAAGCCAAAAAAAAAGAAGCACACGCCACGUUUUCCACACCAAUCCGAUCCACGAAUGUUCCUUUUUUAUUUCUUUCUGUUUGGAAAUGCAAGUUUUUUUGCGAGAGAUACAAGCACUGUGAGAAUAUUAUCAAUUGCACCGGUUUGAUCAGAAUUUCCUUAUCUGUUUCGUGGAAUGAAUGGAUGAGUUUUCAGAGGAGAGGUGACGAGGCUGAGGUCGCGUCUGAGGGCCGUCACCCGGAUGUUGGUCCUCGUUGUUACCUGUUACCUGGUGGCCAACAUUCUCGACGUCAUCAUCGCUUUCUGGGAGGUUUGUUUGAGGAGAAGAAACUCACUAAAAGCUAAAAAUUAAAGGGUAAAAAGCAAAAAGUUGAAUUUUGAAGAUGAAAGUCAGAAAAAGCUCGGAAUAAAGCUCAACUUCAACAGAUUUCGAGAAGAGAAAAAGCUUGUAGUGAAAGUGAAAAUUGGCGGGAAAAAUCUGAAGCCGAUUUUUUUGAAAAAUUUUUUUAGACAUAAAUUUGGUUCAAGUUUUCGGAGUAAGGUUAAAAUGAAAAGUUUGUAGAAGCUCCAAAUUAAUGUGAAAAGUUUUGAGGGAAUAAAAUUUGUAAUAAAACUUGAAUUCAUCGAGUUUCGAGAAGAAAAAACUUUGGACAAAGCUAAAAUUGACGAAUAAAAGUCUAAAAAUCAGAGUUUUUGAAGAUUUUUUUGAGACUGAAAAGAAGCUUUAUCUCUUCAUGAAAAACCGAGACUUUCUUUCUAAGACAAGAAUUUCGAUACUUGAAGGUUUUUUUCAUGAUAAUCCGCGUUUAAUAGACUGAAAAUUAUAAAGUCUUGAAUUAUGAGUAACAAAAAAAAUACUUUUUUUAUCAUGAAGUAAAAUGUUCUAGAAUUCAAAGAUCACAAACGUUAGAUAAAAACUUUCGAAAAAAAUCUUGUUCCGCUCUUGAAACUUAUUCUAACCUGUGGAUGAUCAAGAUUCUUUCAAAAAAGAUUGAAAAUUUUCCAGACGAUCGACCUCGACUCCCUGAUGCUCGAUAAUGCUGGGGUCUAUGCAAUUCUGGCCGACAUUUCCUCGUUUCUUCCGAUUUUGGCCUGCGCCUUGAGGCUUCCCAUCUACGCCAUCAACGAUCGACAGAUCCGCACUGAGGUCAUUUUUCGAUUGACUGCGAAAAUUUUCAGUGACCCUUAGAGGGUUUUGACGUUUUAGUGGCCACUAUAGCAGUCAAUUUAGUGGUCACUUGAGGGGUUAAAAAUUAGUGGCCACUAUAGAAGUCUAAGCGCUACUACUAGACCACUAAAAAUUUUAGUGGCCACUUUAGGGGUCAAUGGAUCAACAUAACUGGUCCAAUCUGUUUGUUUUAAAAAUAUCAGAGUUACUGGAAGGAGUACUGGAUGAAAAACUACUGAAGUGGCCGCUAAAAAGAGACCUCUAUAGUGGCCACUAAAACGGAAACUAGUGGUCACUAUAGAGGUGUGAUUAGUGGCCACUUCAGAGUCCUCUCCAAGUAGUCCUGACGGAUUUUCAGGAAGUUCCUUUCAAAUUCUUAAAAUUUAUGAUUUUUGAAUCCAAUCUUAUGAAUGGACUAUUAAAAAACUGAAAAAAAUGCGAAACUAUGUCCUUUGAAACUUGCAUCCCUUUGUUCAGUACCCCAAAGACUGUCCCAUCAAACUUUCAGAAAAUUUUUCGGAGCUCAAUAACCUUCAUGAAAGCCUCAAAGAUCGAAAACCCGUUUCAGGUCCGACGCAAGUUCAACGACCUCCUGAGCCGACUCUGCGGCUGUUGUCCGGCCGCCGAAUGCGACGCCCGUCUCCGGAAAAAGCUCUACGACGUGCCUCAAAUCGAGGCCGAACGUCUCUGUCCGUAUUCGGCCAAAAGCAGCGACGCCACCGCCACGCCGAAACUCGAGGUCGGCUCAAAAUUGCUUAUUUCAAUUCUAAUCAACCUCAAAAAUCAAUUAAAACUACAAGUUCAACCUUAUAGAGUGAAAUGGUGCAGCUUUGGACCGGAAGAGUCUGAAAAUUGUUUUUAUUCCCUUUUUCCAUCACAAGGUAAAGCGUGAACUGGCUUAGAAAGUGUGUGAAACUCCUUUUUUUCCGUUUUGUCUUUUUUUUUGUGUUUCUUAGCUUUUGUUAUUGAUUCCGUACCGUUUUGAGGAGUAAGAAUAUGUGAUCGUGAUGGUAGAAAUCUCAAAAAUAUCAAAUUUUGGCAUUUUUUAAUUAUUUUUUCCCUAUUUUGGACGAGAAAACUAUGCAAAUUUGAAUCUACAGUAAACUUAAUACAGUAAUUUUCAUACUCAUUUCAUUUUUUUUAAAAGUUUGUUCUAGUCUCAAACCAAGUUUUAACCGUAAAUUCCUAAAAAAUAGACAUCCAAGUGUUUUGAAAGAACGAAAACUACAGUAGCCUUGUUACAGUAGUUGUGAAGUCCCUCUCAAACAUUUCUAGUCCCAGCGAGAGUUCACUUGCUUGGAGAGACGCCAGAGAAAGAAAAGUGCUCUAACUUCUCUGACGUCUCUUCAUGCGAUGAUACUCUCUCGCUUUGUCCCACCCACACUUUGAAAAAACAACUUUUCCCAUAACAAGUUAGCCACCCACGUGUGUUUGCACAAUUAGUUUCCAGCUACAGUAAUCUCAAUUACAGUAUGCUUUUUUUCAGAUCCGAGCCUACGGUAUGGGAUCGCUGAUCAUGGCGCGAGCUUCGCUUUCCACCAAAGAAGUCUACGAAAUCGAACAAUUUCGUGAUGCCAUCCAUGUUUGA